ACUCUGAUGCCUAAUGACACUCAAUGUCAACAGUUAACUUCUUCACUGCUGAUCAAAGCAGAUUUAAAAAAGGGGGACAGUCAUAUAAAGCCUUUCCCGCUGGUUGAUCGUAUGAUCAGAGAGAACAGCCACAUUUUCACAGACGCUCAGUGUAAAGUGUGCAGUGCAGUGCUCAUCUCAGAGUCCCAGAAGCUAGCUCAUUACCAGAGCAAAAAACAUGCAAACAAAGUGCGGCGGUACAUGUCGAUUCACGGCGAGGAGGAGCUCCGUCAGGGGAAGAAGAUAAAGCUGGAAACCAAGCAGGAGAGCAGCAAUGGAGAAGACAGGAACAAAUGCUGCCCCAUCUGUAACAUGACCUUUUCCUCUCCCGUUGUGGCCAUGUCUCACUACUUAGGCAAGACUCAUGCCAAGAACCUGAAGCUGAAGCAGCAGUCCCCCAGAGUGGAAGGAACGAUGCCUCCACAGAAAUGCCCGGCUAACUUUCCUCCCUCUGCUGUAUCUUCCAACGAGGAGAACCAGAGCACUUCUGACCCAGACAAGUUCUGCAGCCUCUGCCAUGCCACUUUCAACAAUCCGCUCAUGGCAAAACAGCAUUAUGUAGGCAAGAAACACAGAAAGCAAGAGACCAAACUCAAGCUGAUGGCACACUAUGGUCGUACUCCUGACGCGCCUGCAUCCUCCUCCAUGGCUGGGAAGGGGUACCCCUGCAACACAUGUAAUAUAGUACUGAAUUCCAUAGAGCAGUACCAAGCUCACAUCAGCGGCUUCAAACACAAGAAUCAGAUGCCAGGAGCAGUGCCCAGCGUAGGACGGUUCCCAAGGCAGCAGUAUGUUCGGGAAGAGUCAACUGCCCCCGGGGGCUACAGUUACUUCAGCCAGGACUUCUAGAGCAAUCUGCAGCCCUGUUCUUGGAGCUGUCAGGGGCCCAGGAACGAGCACUCUUUGCCAGCCCACAGUGGCUUCAUUAUCCCUCUGGAUAAGCAAAGCCAUUCCCUCCCGGGUGUGCCUGUCGAUCAGCCCCAAGGCUGGACGUCUCUUUGACGAAGGAUCCAGCAGAAGCAGACGUUGGACAGCAGGACCUUGCUCCCCAAGAGCGGUUCUCAUUGUGCAGUCUCUUCCUGUGUGGCUGGUGGGGCGAGGAUGUGUCUGGUACAGGCAGGGUGCAGCAGCUGCAAAUAGCCUGUCUCAGGGACACCUCCUCCCUCACCUAGAACAAUCAGCACGGAAUUCCUGCAGCUGAUGAGCCAACCUCCUGUGCCAGGGGGUAUCUGUCACCGAAGGAAGGCUCCUGGCUCUCGCAAGGCAAUGGCUAGGAGGUGGGGGUGGAUUGGACGCUUCGCUACACCGACAGAUUAGCCUUGCCCAGGCUUAGACUGGGAAAUCCUAGAGCUGGUUUCUUCCUGCCCCCUCCCCCAGUUGUGUUUGUGCACAAAGUUUCUUGGUCCAGUGGCUGCCAUUAGGGCUUGUCUGUAGCUCUGCAGAUGUUGGUUCUGGAGUGUCCGAUUUAGUGGUUUCUUUACAUAGUUACUGUGUAUGGCAUACAAAACCUGCUGCUAAAACAGGGAGCUGACGGGCCCUCACAGAAGCAGAGAGUACAAGCUGAUGGGUCUCCAGAGAACUCUCAGGACCCCAUUGGCCUCCACUCCUGGCGCUUUUCACUUGAAAGGAAGGAAACUUUCAAACCCUCCUUGCAAAGGUUUCUUUUAUGUCAAACAUUCAUGUCAAUCUGGUAGAGGAAAUGGAUGAAUCAGGUGAUCUUCAUUCAAAACCUAAAGAUGGUAGCAAAUCUUGAUGUGCUGCUAGCAAGGCUGAACUCCUGGGAGAAUGCUCCCAGACUCGGUAGAGGAGACCCCUGAAGGAAGGGCUAAGGUGGCUUUGAAUCUCAGAUCACAUUUGUGUGGUAUUUUUUUCCUUCAGCUGAGGUAUUUUCCUUUUAGUCUCUGCUAAGCUUCUGCACAGAGCUGCACACUCCCAGCUGGGCUGUCCACGCGUUCUGUCCGACACCCCUUCCCUAUACCAGGCCUUGGCAAGCCCCCGUCUGGCUGUCUUCCCUCAUCUCAUCUCUCAUGAGGCUUGUCUUGGCUCUGGGGCUUCCCACAUCUUGUGCAGGUCUGUGGUGCUGCUGACGUCCAGCUCUCUACAGGAGGGAGACAUGCCCACCCUCGGCGACGCAUUUGGACAGUGACUUCCUGGGGCCGAUCGGCGGGAGUGUUACAGCUGUGGAUGCUGUGUGUGUGCCAAGGCUGGGGAGGGCGUUACUGCUUUGUGGAGUUUGGGAUUACAAAUCCAGGCCAUGACUUUCUCCCUGAGCCCUGUGUGAAGCAGCUCACGUUGGCGUACGGCUGGGAGCAGGCCUGGGCUCCACGGCGUAUCCAAGGUGACAAGCACCGGGGAAGUGAACACACAAAGCAAGGGGACCAGCUGGAUGCUAAUCUCUGAGCUAGCACCCUCCCCGCCCCCAGUCCAGGCUGCAGCUCUCCAUUCUCACACUAGAACAGGCGGCUGCUGCUCUGCCUAGUGCUUUCCAGUCCUGCCAUGCUGCGGUGCCUGUAGGCUGGCUUAGUGUCCUGCUGAAGAGCCCGUCCAAACGUCAGCCUGCCUAAUGAGCAGUAAACUCUAACAAACCGAGGGAAACACUCGUGCAUUGUGCACACCCCCAUCCUGUGCUGCUUUCUAGCUAGCUCUAGUCUCAUUGUGCCAGUCUCGAGUUCCUGGUGGCAGGCAGGCAGGCUCUGUGCGUUAACACCAGGAGCCGUGUGAGCUCUGCUCCCACCCAGUCUGGGGUACAACUCACUUUGUGCGUGUACUGUCAGUGCUGCCGCGUCUAUACCCAGUGUCUAUGGAGCCGCUGUUUCCCCAGGAUGAGCUCUGAAUAGAGUGUUACUGUUUGUGUGUAGUGUGUGUGUAUUUGCUGUUGCAGUUCAUGUUCAUACUCGUGGCGGAAAAGCAGGCUGGGGUCAGCCUGCCAUCUUGGGUUACUGCAGCCCAGGGCAUAUUGGGCUGGAACCCAUCAGUGAUGGGUUUUCUUACACUCUGCUGUGGGUGGGGACUGUAGCUGGUUGCCAGUCAGGGCAACCACUGGGUGAGUUAAGGGAGAGUCCAACUCUGGAAGCUGCUUCCCCUUUCACUGUUGCAAAAGUUGUGCCAAACAUGUUUCCCAGCUGGGUUGGCCAGGGCAGUUGUGAGAGACUAUGUCCUAGUCUUCACAGGCUUGAGGUGGCGUGUGGUGGGACAGACUGCACAGCUGUGCUGGUGUUCAGCAUGUGUACGACCCACUCAUAGUGGGACAAUGGUUUCAUGCAUCAAGAGACCAGACUUAGCCUAGUCCAGUGUCUCCUCAUUCCUGCCCAGGUGUGUCCAGGACUCUGCACCGUAUGCCCAGGCGUAGAGCUUGCCAGCUGCCCCAUGUGGUGACAGCAUUCCUCUGCGAGGUGCUGCUAUGCUGAGAGAUGCACUCAGCGUCCGCCGGGCAGUGUGAGGCAGCUAGUUUAUCCAUGACGGAUGGGUCAGGCAGGUAUCUUGAGGUACCGGACUCUGGCUGUGUAAAGCCUUCCUUGAAUUGGCCUUGAUUCUUCAGGGCUUGGCACUGUGCUGAGGCCUUGUCGUGUGUGCAAGGUGACAGCACGGCACAUAAUGGACAUUUGCAGUAUGAGAGAACAGAGGGGGAAUGUGGCUUCCUUGCUUUGCUCAGAGUGUAGAAUCUGGAUUAUCCUGCCCUGAUCUGCAUUUUAUUUGUGGUAGCUAAGAGGCUGUGUCUUGAUAAGAGUGUUUCACAGCUUGAAGGACAGGCAAAUACCAGUACUGGGAUACCUUGAUCCUCACACUGGCUCAGCUGGGGGGAGGGACGGGCUGACUUCCCUGCUUUUCCAUUUGCUUCAUACCCACCCACCACUGCCUUGAGUAUCCCGAGGGAAAAUGUGCGGCUUCCCCAGGCUCAGUAUCCUGAGAACUUGCUUCCCCAGGGGAUGGUUAUGGCUGGCAGCUGCCUCGAGCCAGGCUCCAGUAGGGCCUCCUCCCAGCCCAGUGCAGAGCUGGGAAGGUGUCACUUAACCUGUGUGUUUCCCUGGCUGCCUCCCUGGGGGGGGGGGGUUGGGCAUAGGAGCAUUUUUACAGCACUCUGGGCACUUUGCUUCUCCUGGGGCAGGUACG